GAGAGCCCCAACCAGAAACUGAGUUCAGUCAGUUAGCCCUCAACUGCAAAACCGCAAAGAUGUCCAGUAAAAUUCCGUACGUGAAGCACAACAACGGCACCCAGAUCCAGAGCAUAGGAUUGGGUACCUAUACGUCUCUGGGUGGCGAUUGUGAGCGGGCCACGCUCCAUGCGAUUGAUGUGGGCUACCGGCACAUAGACACCGCCUACUUCUACGAGAACGAGAACGAGGUGGGUGCGGCUGUCCAGAAGAAGAUUGCCGACGGCGUCAUCAAGAGGGAGGACAUCCACAUCACCACCAAGCUGUGGUGCCACUUCCAUGAACCCGAGAGGGUGGAGUACGCCUGCCGUAAGACCCUGAAGAACUUUGGACUGGAGUACGUGGACCUGUACCUGAUGCACUGGCCCUACUCCUAUGUCUACAGGGGUGACAACGAAAUGAUGCCCACCGACGCCAAGGGAGAGGUGGAACUCAACGACAUCGAUUACCUGGACACCUGGCGUGCCAUGGAGAAGCUUGUACAACUGGGCCUGACCAAAAGCAUUGGCGUUUCCAAUUUCAACUCGGAGCAGUUGACUCGCCUACUUGCCAACUGCAAAAUCAAGCCAAUCCACAAUCAGAUCGAGUGUCAUCCCGCGUUGAACCAGAAAAAACUGAUUGCCCUGUGCAAAAAGAAUGAUAUUGUGGUGACUGCCUACUGUCCUCUGGGACGACCCAACCCGGCUGAAAAGACGCCCAACUAUAUCUAUGAUGCCAAGGUGCAGGCCAUUGGAGACAAGUACAAGAAGUCCACCGCCCAAGUGGUGCUCCGAUAUCUGAUUGAGAUUGGAACCAUUCCAUUGCCAAAAUCGUCCAAUCCCAAGCGCAUCGAGGAGAACUUCAAGAUCUUCGACUUCAAGCUGGAUGCUGAGGACCAUGCCGUUUUGGAUUCGUAUAACACUGGUGAACGUCUGAUCCCCAUGACCCAUGCUAUCAAGAGCAAAAACUAUCCGUUCAGCAUCGAGUUUUGAGCUGAAAUGUUAGAGGAAUAUUUGAUAUUUUACUUGGCUUUGAUAUUAUGAUAACAUGGAUAUUUUGAAAAGCACA